ACGCGAGAGGCCUGAGGGUGAAGGCGGUGGGGCGUGGCGUUGGGGGCUCCGGUCACCCAAGGCCGUCCAAUGUCGAGCCAAUCAGAGUGAGGAGGUGGGAGGAGACUAACCAAUCAGCGUGCAGAAUAGGCAAGGCAAGGGGUUGAGGAGUCUCUCGCGGACGUCUCCAGCUCCCUAGCUUCUGUCAGGGGAGCCGGUUGUGCGGAGGAGGCAGAGGAGGCGGGAAGACGGCUGGGUUGAAGGGACGAUUGCGGACUUGCGUGGAGGAGGUCCGAGGGAGCGGGCAACCAUGGUGAUGGCGGCGAAGAAGGGUCCAGGCCCGGGUGGCGGGGUCAGCGGGGGAAAGGCGGAGGCGGAGGCGGCCUCGGAGGUGUGGUGUCGCCGGGUGCGGGAGCUGGGCGGCUGCAGCCAGGCGGGGAACCGCCACUGCUUCGAGUGCGCCCAGCGCGGCGUCACCUACGUGGACAUCACCGUGGGCAGCUUCGUCUGCACCACCUGCUCUGGCCUCCUGAGAGGCCUAAACCCCCCUCAUCGAGUCAAGUCCAUCUCCAUGACAACUUUCACUGAGCCUGAAGUGGUAUUCCUGCAAUCCCGUGGAAACGAGGUUUGCAGGAAGAUUUGGCUGGGCCUUUUUGAUGCUCGGACAUCUUUAAUACCAGAUUCCAGGGACCCUCAGAAGGUGAAGGAGUUUCUCCAGGAAAAAUACGAGAAAAAGAGAUGGUAUGUCCCCCCAGACCAAGUCAAGGGGCCCACUUAUACCAAAGGCAGUGCCUCCACCCCCAUCCAGGGCUCCGUCCCGGAAGGAAAGCCCCUGCGGACUCUCCUGGGGGAGCCUGCGCCGUCUCUAUCCGCCGCUGCCUCCACCUCUAGCCAGUCUGUCAGUCAGUCUCAGCCUCGGACGUCCCAGCCCCGGAGCUCUCAGCCGCCUCCCCACUCCUCGGUCAGGAAAGCCAGUACUGACCUGCUGGCCGACAUAGGAGGAGACCCCUUUGCUGCUCCCCAGGCGGCACCGGCUUUUGCUGCAUUCCCAGCCUUCGGGGGCCAGACACCCUCCCACGGAGGCUUUGCCAACUUCGAUGCCUUUGGCAGUAGCGCCGGCCCGUCCGUGUUUGGAAGCAUUCCUCCCGGCAGCCAAGGCCUGUUCCAGGCCCAGCCCACACCCACAGGGAGCAGCCAGGUGACUCCGUUUGCGGCCUCUCCUCUGGCACCGGCCAGUCAGCCCAGCAGCCUCGCAGAUAUGGGCGGCCUCCUGGCACCCGGACCAUCGGCUGGAGGUAUCCCUAGCAGCAUCUUCGGGGUGGCCGGCCAGGUCCCCACGCUCCAGUCGGCCACAGCUGGUGGAGGCGGCAGCACUGGGCUUGCCUUUGGAGCAGCCUUCACCAACCCUUUCACAGUACCUGCUGCUGUCCCGCAGCUGCCUUCUACCAACCCAUUCCAGCCCAACGGCCUGGCCACAGGGCCCAGCUUUGGGAUGAGCAGCGCUGAGCCUGGCUUCCCCCAGACAGGGCCCCCCACCAGGGCCUUUGUCAGCACCUUCCCACCACCCCUGUUCCCCGCACAGACCUCGGUGACUCAGCAGCAGAAUGGCUCUUCCUUCAGUGACUUAGGACCAGCCAAGCUGGGCCAGAGGCAACUGAGCCAGCCAGCGGGGACCUCCACCAACCCCUUCGUGACUGGAUCCUCAUCAAGCCCGUUUGCCUCCAAACCUCCAACCACCAACCCAUUCUUGUAGCACUGUGGCCUGGGGGGGGGCCUCUUCCCUGCCAUCUGGGACCCCUCUACUCCCAGGAGCUCUGGUGACCAUUUGCCUGUGGCAUUUCUGCAGGUCUGAGACCAGAAUGGGCCUUGUUUUCCAGGGAAGCAGUCUUGGGGAUGGUGGAGGUGCUCAUGCUUCGCUUGGGGCUUGCAGAUAAAAGGGCAGCUUCCCAAGUCAGCUGCCCCCAAGGCUUCUCCCCUCCUCUCCGCAGCCCUCACCCAGGCAGGAGACCCAAGAGGAGAGAAGGCACGGCCUGGCCUAGAGCAGUGAUGGCGUUUGAUUUCUCAAAUUACUGAUCAUGAUGACAGGAAUCUUCACCUCCUGCCCUCAGCAUACGUAGUGGUCCCUUCUCACCCAGCUGUGUGGGCGGAGGAAGCUGUGGGCACAGAGUGACCAGCUCCCUGUGGGAGCCAGCCUCCCCCUCCUCCAUUCCCGACUUUCCAGUGCUGGUCUCCUUGUGGACAGAAGCACAGUGGGCCAAGUUGGGUCAAGGUGUGGGGUUGACCUGGGACAGUGAUCAGACAGGCUGAGAAGGCUGGCUUGUGCCAGCACCCCCUCUCCCUCCCCACCCCCACCAGGCCAGGAGGCCCUCCAUGGUUUUGCUUCCCCGGCAACCUCCCUCAUCCUGGGUACUCAGGAUGAAUAAUAGUUUUACCUACUACUUAGACAUGCCCAACUCCUGUCAAGCACUUUAGUUCGCUGUGGUGUCAUGUUUGGAUACCGGUGUUUUAUAUUUAUACAUAGAGAAUUUUCUAAUAUAGUCUAUUAUAUAUACACACACACACGCGCGCGCACACAUAGAGAUAUAUAGACACAGGCCGCCAUUCUGCCCCCAGACAGCUCUCUCACAUGGGGAACGGAACGGACCCCCAUCUGUGCCUCGACCAGCAAAGCCGGAGCUCCAGAGGGUGGUGGGGAGGGGCCAGUCAUGAGUCCUGAGCACCCCAGAGCCUGGGCUUUUCCAGGGAAAGGCUUUGUGCAAUUGGCUGGUUUGUUUUUUUUUUUUCCUUUCUUUUUCCCAUGUGCCUCCCCCACCCCCCAAAUCUCUGAGCCAAAGCUGUGGCAGGCGAUGUUGGAAAAGAACUGCAUUUGAAAGAAAAAAAAAAAAAAAAGGAAGUGGCUCCCAUGGUCUCACUUUGGCGCUGCGGGGGCCCCGGACAGGAAUUCUUGCCGGACCGGGUUAGCAAUGUUAGGUGAGGGGGUGACUCCCCCAGGGGUGCCAGCUCCAAGAUGCCGAUGCUGCGGCCUGAGUGCAGGAGUGGACCGCCCCCAGGCCCGGGCGGGGACAUCCUCAGCCCCUCCCCAGACUGUUUUCAGCCAAGGGUGUUGUGUCAACAGCGACAGUGUCCA